GGGAAGCAUCGUGGACUGGAGUGACAGGCCCGGACAAUAGAGCAAUUGCGAAGGGCUUUGGGCUUUGGCCGCGGGUGUUCUUGUCGACCCUAGAAAAUUAUUUUUGUUGAAUAUCUCCCAUCCUUACGAUGUUUGCAAAAGCAACCAAGACUUUUGUGAAGGAGGUUGACUGUGGAGGAGACUUAAUCUCUGUGUCAUCCCUGAAUAACUUAGAUAAAUUACAGUUCUUGAACUUAGUCACAAAGAAAAAGAAAACAUGGUGCUGGCAAAAUCCAAAGUAUCAUCUCUCAUCAGUUUCAUUGAAUGAUCUGCUUUCUGAAGACAUGCAUGAACCUAUAAAGCCAGUUAUUGUAGAGUCUGACUUUGUGAAGUAUGAAGGCAAGUUUGAAGACUGCAUCAGAGGAAGCAUUGAUACGUCAUUAGGAAGAAUUAAUUUAGGAACUGGAGCAAGGGAUGUUGUAGAAAGUCUGUCCUCUUUUGGAAAUCUUAAAAAGCAAGAACUUGACUUGCACAAGCUUAUGAAAGAUGUGAAGGGAAGGACAAUAAAUCUACAGACUUCGUUGUUGGAACAAAUGCUUGAAAGAAAGAAUGAUGUCCUUUGUAUCCUUAUAGAAAAAAUAUUGACGACUCAGAAAUGUUUAAUAUCUGAACAUAUUCAAAAAGAGGAAAAACUUGCUGGAAUGGUGGGAAUAAGUACAAAAAUUAUAAAGGUAUCAGUGAAGGAAAAUGGAAAUAUGAUCAAGAACUCUAAUGUGGUAUUAGAAAUCCCUGCUCCAACAGCAAUUGCUUAUGGUGUAAUAGAAUUGUAUAUAAAACGUGACGGUCAAUUUGAAUUGUGCCUCCUUCAUGACCAACAAGGUGGUUUUGAAAGGGGGGCUAUAGAAGGGCCAUCUUAUCAUUCUUCGGCCUUCAAAGAGGCUUGCUGCCCUCAUCUUUUUGAUGUUGUGGAUAAUGAGAAAUUGUCUGGACCUGACAGCCCUAUUCCAAGUAAUACUUCACUUAACAUUCUAAGCAAAGAUGUUCUCCAAUUAAAGAGCCAGUUCCAACCGUUUAUGAAUUUAUCAGAAGAAAAGCAGAGAUCUUUAUACCAAAUGGUCUGUGACCUUUUGCUUCAUGAAGAAAAAGUGAUGCAACUAGAAAAUGUGCUGGACAGUAUAUGUUCUGAGGGGAGUCCAGGAAACAUAGCAAUGGAGGAAUUGAAGUCAUUAGAGAAACCGUAUAUAGAAGAAUUUCUACAGCUUGUGGGUAUAGAUUUACAGAGCAAACAACAGGUUCACAAUAAGGAGCUUUUCCUAGCUGCUCAUUUCCUCCUCAGUGCUCUGGCAGAACUGUCAAGUUAUUCUCUAUGUCUGCUGAUAGCCUGCUGUGACCUCCAGCUUGUCCCUACCCUGUGUUUCUUGCCUAAUAUGACCUCAGAAGAUGGUACAGUGACACUUGCAGACCCUAUACUGGCUUCACUUGCUGACCCAGGAAAGUUUCGGAUAGCACAAAGGCUAUUCACUUUAUCAAACAUUAACCUUGAAAUGAUGGAAUCUUCUAUCAAAGCUACAACCAUGAAAAAAUCCAGCUUUUCCCCAGUCGUUCUAUAUAUAGCAUUGAAUGGCCUCCAUGCAUUAGGCUGUGAAAAAGACAAGAACUGAUGAAGCUGUUUCAAUAGUUUAAUACUACAAGUAUCUCUGUUUAAUGCCUCUUAAUUAUGAACCCACUAGACUUGUCUCCAUGCAAUUGGAAUAGCUGCCGAUGGGCUAUGUUAUUGGAGCAAGGCAAAUGCUGAAAUUAAUUAUAUGAAUGAAAAGAUGCAAAGAUAAAAAAGAAACCCACGCAGGGAUACUUGGCGAGAUGUUUGAUUCUCCUGUAUUAUUUUAAAGUUUAGAAAGAUUACGUGUCCUCACUUUUCAGCCAUUUAUUCAGCAACCAUUCAAAGUUACAACUGCAGAAAAAAGUAAUUUUAUGGUUCAUUUACCACCAUUCACAACCUUCACAGCAUCCCUCAGCCAUAUGAAUGCCAUUACAGCUAGUAUGUACUGUCUUGGACCAGACCUGUGAUUUUUCUUCUUCUUUCAUAUAUCCCUCACCCCUUGGAGAGAGAGAUUUCAACAAAGCAAGUUGUUUGCUGUUCUACAUAUUAUGGUCAUAUUGGCAGUAGGAAAGGAGAAAUUGCCUGCAAAAAUUGCUUGGUUUUUUUUCUUCCCAUCCCACCCACAUGUGAGUGGAGGGUUUGGAGAAACGGAUUUCAAGAGAAUGGCUCCAGUCCUAGUUUGUAACACAGUUGCAUUGCUUUUGAUGCAUACAAGAUAGCGAGGUCCAUUUAGCAAUGGCUUCAUUUAGCACUGGACUUGCCAGUGAAGAAUUCCUUGUACUAGUUAUUGUGCUUCAGUACUAAUCUUAUUUUCCUUAUAAACUAGAACAGCGGCUCUAAUCUUUUGGGCACCAGGGAUCUGUUCUAUGGAGGGAGGUUUUUCCGCGAACUGGAGGGAGAUGGUUUUGCAUGUUGCCUGCAUCCCAGGGCCCAGUGCUGGUCCACAGGUUGGGGACCCCUGAAUUAGAGUGUACAACAGAGUGUAUUCAAAACUGAGCAAAGACCAUCAUGUAGCAGGAGAAUAAUUGAAAGGACCAUUUAAGCAAUCAACAUUAAAAAAAACAACAGCACAGGAAUAAAGUUCAAGCAUGAUCUGAAAUGUUGGGACUUUCCUUUGGAGCCAUUAUUAGAUUAGAGCCAAAUGUCACAAAAGAUGUAGCACGUUUCCAUGUGUUUUUCUUUAUGGUGUGGUAGAGAAGCUGGGAAUGGCAGCAUCCAUUUUGAGAAUCAUAUUUUUAAUCUUUCUAGUUAUAAAGGAAUUUUUAUUUACCCUAUUUGAUUCAUGUGAAGUGUACCAAAAUUCCAGGUCUCAGAGCUUCUUGUUUUAGAUUGAGGAGUAGCGGGGGGGAUGUAUGUUAAGGAGUGAAAUGUAAUCUUUGUGAAUCUGUAUUCACAAAAGUAUAUAAAACCCACUCAAUUCCAUAUGGCUUCAACCAGUGGAAGUUAACAGAUUUUGGAUAUUAUCUUCACGACACUUAUUAAAUGCUAUUAUAAGGUAUAUGGAAUGUUUUUUUCAGCAUUUUAAUUAGGAUAUGCAGUGUAAAAAUAGGAUGACUUGUUAUUUCAUAUUGAUAAGUUUUUAUAUAUCAUUCAAUAUAAAAUUAUAACAUCUAUUGCAAGGAAGGCCUACUGUAUUGCCUCUUUCCUGCUUCCUUUUCUGAUGCCUGUUCUGUGCAGUAAAAAUGCAAUUCAUAAGAGAUCACACUGAAUUUUCAAAUAUUAGAUUUUAUUUCAUAUAUACAAAAAUAACUUUCUUAGUAGUUUUCAGGAUUUCACAGUUUUAUACAUUUCAACAAUGAUAAACAACUUAAAUGGGGAAACAUUAGUUCAUUAAAAAAAAGUUUAACUGAAUAGCACACAUUUGUCCUAUGAAAUUUCACCAAAAUUUUUAUGAUUCUUUUUUAGAACUUCUUAAUCUGAUCUAUGUGGCAAUUUUGUUGUGAUUUACAGCGUGGAAAGACAUUAAAAUUUCCUAUCCCAUUUAAAUCUUCUAUUGUUCUAUGUGUGUUAAUAUUAGUACACAUUUGAAAAAAGUUACCGUUUAAUAGAAAUGUUAAGAGUUGAAGCAAUAAAAAUUAUACUGCAUAAGUCUAACAGAAGUCAUUUUUUAAAAAUGUACCUAAUGAUUUUCUAUCAUCUAAUCUUAGAAACACAAAAUAGCUACAUAUAAUAAUUCACAAAGAAAUGUAGAUCUCGAUACAAUACACAUUUGAAGAAAUGAUAUGACAGUGCAUCCAAGAUAUAUUAUUUUAAUAGUUUCCAAGUUAAAACAUCUUUCUCUAGCUAACACAUUACAUUUUUUAAAAAAAGAGUAUAACUACCAUAUAUGCACCUGAACCCCUAAUCAGAUGUUUUUCUUACCUCAUGUUGGGGCACAACUAACAUCAAUUGUUGUAAGACUGGACAUGAUUUUCAGCUAUCGUACUUGAACAUUAGGAAAAUAUUCGAUCUUAUAAAUGGACAAUUCGUGUAAUAGCAAGAAGCCUCAAAAAAUUCAGUUAUGUCGAGAAAGCCCGUAUAAGGCAUGGACAUUGAAAGAAAAAAGAUAAACAAGCAAUCUGAGAUAAAGGUAUUCCUCAACUUACCACAAUAAUUGAACCUGAAAUUACCAUUAUUAGUCAUGAUGGAUUUUAAAUACAUCAUCACUAGUCCAUGCCCAGUUUUAGGACCUUUUACAAUAGUUGUUAAGUAAACUCAUUGUCCAUAAAUGAGUGCUUUUUUCUGGCAGUCAGAAGUAAACAUCAGUUCCCCCAAAAAUGUAAAUUGCAGUCACAUGACUGCAGGAUACUGCAAAUGCUUAUUUAUUGAACAAUUAUUCAGUAUCCAGAGUAUGAUCAUGUGACUGUCCAGGGGGUGGUCAUCAGAACUUCAAAUCCAGGUAAUGUCCCUUUUUGUGGGGGGUGGGUUUUGUAACUUUCAACAGUUGCUAAGUGACUGGUUGUAAAUUGAGGAUUAUCUAUGUAAUGAAAUAGAUACAUAAGAGGCAUUAUAAGAGACUCAUUAGUUUGUUGCCUGAGAUUUUGGUUUUUUUCUCAUGGAAGUUGCCGUUUUAAUAUUCUAGAAAAAGGAUUAUCCAGUACAUAUUUCUAGUCACGAUGAACUUUAAUGGAAAACCAAUCCAAAGCAAUUUGCAUCAUAAACAAAAAUAUUUCAAUAUGACAUGAUAAACGCAGCUCUUGAGAUAGCUGCUUUGUUUUCUCUGAAAGUUUCCAAGGUUUAUGAUGGGAACUCCUGCCAAAUGAACCAAGACAAGACAGCAAAAUAGUAAUAAUGUGCAAUUGAUUUAAACUAUAUUUGAUUCUCAGCAGAUAAAAAAAUACUCAAGAACAUGAAUUGAAUGAAUUUCAAAUAUUCCAAAAAAAAGUUCUACAUUUUAUAUGUUUAUUCAAAAAGUGCAUACCUAACUAAUAUCCUUUCUAUCAGUAUCAUAUACAGAUUUGAACAAGAUAGUUUGCAUUCAAAAUUCUACAUCUUUCUCAAAAACAGCAGUUGCUACUGAUUCUACAAAUUGCUGAAACAAUACCUCAUCGUUUUUAAGAACCCAAAGCUUGAGAACUUAUUAUUAUUGAUAGAUUUACCAAAUCUUGUGUAGAUAUCUUGCCGCCUCUUCUGCAACUCGGUUUGGAAUGGGCUAUGGCCCGGUAAGUGGACUGCAGCCUGGGGGUUGGGGACUCUUGGUUUAAAACAUCCCUUAGCUUCUGUUAUUCUCUUUCUUUAGCUCUUGCUCUAAAGUUUUUUUUAUAUAAUUUUCCUUGAUGAUGACAACUGUCUUUCUGAAACUAGCAGCUUUUCGUUGAAUAUUCAGUUAUUGGCUAUAUAAUAGCAUUUUUACAUUAGAAACUAAAAUUAGCUUUGAUUUAGGUCUGAUUCAGCAUGAUUCAUAUAAUUCUGCAUUUUAUUAUAAAUUUAAAAUAAAUGAAAAGCUUAUAUAAACAUAUAACAACUAUAUAUUCCUGGAACUUUGUAGUCCCCAUGAAUUCAGUAUGACCAAUUGCAGUUUAGGUAUAAUUUUAAAGUUAUCAUAAUGUACAAACUAUAUAAAUUUAUGGAAAAUUAUUUUUUUUAAAAAAAAAAACUAAAAUACAAUUAAGGACUGCCGUAAUGGGUAAGUAAUGUUUUAAUAACUGUCAUGCACUUUUAUUGAUUUUUUUCAUUCCAUAAUUUUUGGUAAAACUAUAGCACAGAACAAUGAAUAGUAUUUACUGAUCCAUGUUAGUUUAGGCCUUUGCAUAAACUAUUGUUUUCUACUAUUAUUACAUAGGCAUACCUAUACACUUAGCAUAUAUAUUUCAAUAUAUAUUUACUUUGGUACAGAUAAUUAUGUACCCUAAUAUCAGCAAGCAAUAUUGUCAUACCAUUUCACAUACACAUGUUAAGCAAAGACGCAUUUUCCAUUUUUAUACUGAACUUAUACAUGGAAUCGCCCUUACAUGAUUUCUCAUUUACUCUAUUAAUGAAGGAAGGAUAAAUAUACUUUAUCCUUUGAGGAAAGUGGUAUAACAUUUCUGGUAUAUUCUAGAUUUAUUAUCCACAGGAAUUUGCAAUCUAUCAGUUCAGAUCAUUGACAGGAACUCUGCAGUUGCAGACAAAGAGGCCAAGAACUGAAAUUAGACACUUAAAAUGUUCUGCCUCCAAUUUACACUUUCCCAAUUAAUCCAUUCUGCACCUCAUUUACUAAAUUUAGCAUCAUAGUACUGUCCUUAGAAGCAUUUUGCCUGUUACAUACGUCUCCAUUGCUGCCAUUCAGUGGGAGGAUAAAUGCAUGGGUCUCUAUUCAAAGUUUUAUUUAUUCAUACAGCCAUUCAGCAAAAUCAGUAAAUGGCCUAUAUCACGUGCAGCAAUAUUCUGCCAUUGAGAUAGAGGUGUAUUUUAUAUCAAAUGCAGUAAUUCUUAUGCAUGGCAGCAAACUAACUCUUCCUGUUACAUUCAGGACCUGUGGUUUAAAUUUCCACAUUAAUGCCAAGAGUGAAUUUUGUGAUGAGCAGUUCUUCCAAGAUGAUAUAAGAGUACCAGAACAAAAAGUCUUGUCCAGAGAAAAUAUAAAAUGUUUUUUGACCAAUUCCCUACUGUUAACAAUUUCUUUAGAAAGCCAUUAAGGCAAAUACUGAUAUUCUGUUCUUCCUCCUUCCUGCUUUUGACAGCACUGAGCUUCUGAGCCUUAAAACCAAAAUCACUUGCAUUCCUUUAAUCACUUGCUAAACUCUCCUUGAACUAAGGCCAAUUGGAAAAACCUUCUGCUUUCCAACAGGAGUGGAUAAUACAGAUCAAUGGCUAGAAACAAAAUAAGACAGGAGUAGAUUGAGUAUUCUGCUUGAGAACAUUUUAUUUUUUUUUAAAAAAGAUGGUUCAGGUAGAAUCUGAACAGAAUCACGGCUACUUAAAAUGCAGCCCAAACUCUCAUCUAGCAAAGAGCAGUAGCAACAAACCAACUGGAAUGCUAUAUAAUGUAAUAUUAGAAAACAAAGGAAUGAGAAACAGUUAUUUGACUUGAGGAUUCAAUAAUGCCUUCUACUCAAUCUCCAAACAGCAUUAUAUUCAGUAAAAGUAUAGUCAUUUUUUCACUUUAUCCCACCAUAACCUUACAAUGACGUUGAAAUUACAGAGUAAAAUGUCAUUUUGGGUACUGGAAUUUCCCUCCUCCCCCCAGACCUAGGUAUACAUAUUUUUAAAUAUUUAACAUCAGCCUAUCUACAGAAUUAAUGCAACAGAAAUAAAUGUCUGUAUAAUAUUUCAUAUUGUUAGAAGCUAAUUUCUAAAUACCAAUAGCAAUUAAGACACAUAUGCAAUUAUUUGCAUAACAUUUACAAAAUAUACUUAAGUCUUUAAAAAAAUACCACAAAGGGUUUUUUAAAUCUACAAUACCUUUUUGGUAUCAACAUUUCUCUAUAUAAACUAAAAAUUAUUGAAACCCUGUUUCCUUGUGCAUCUUAAAAGCCAAAAUACUUAAAAGCUAGCUUGUACUGUCUUGGCCCUUUCCAAUAUUUUUUUCAUUGUUGGCAUCUUGUGUAUGAUACUUUGGUAUUGAAAAUAAGUUCUGUAAUCCUAGUGACCAAACUCAUAUGCAAAAUAAAAUGGGGGGAUGAUAACUACCUCAGGUCCUCUGUGUGUUAGCAAUGGAUGGCUCUAU